AUGGCGGUGCUGCUGCGGCUUUUGCUGGCCAUUUGCUGGCCUGUUGCCCUCGGAAAUGUGAAGCUGGGAAAGCACAUCGUGAAAUACACCGAGGAGAAGUUGAACUAUGUCUUGAGCCAAGCGGAUCGCCCUCCGAUCUUCUUGGAGAUCUUUUCGCCCACCUGCCCCGCCUGCCAAGCCAUUGCGCCCCGGAUGAACGCCGCGGCGUCGCGCUUGCGGGCAGAGACGGAGAUCAAGGUGGUAGCGCUCGAUGGGACACAGGCGGAGCAGACCAUGCAGAAGCUUGGGGCCAAGGAGUUUCCGGCGCUUUUCUUCCUGGGCGCCAACCACACGGCUCGCUUGGACCUCCAGCGCGCCGACACGGCCGCCGCCAUCGUCCACUGGGCCACGCGCCUGGCGGCGCCGGCGGUGCGGCAGGUCGCGGCGGCGGAGCUGCCACCGUGCACGGGGGCGCCACAGCUGGUAUUGCGGGCACCGUCCAUGGUGCCAGCCUUCCAAAGCAUUGCAGAGGAGCACAAGCUACACUUCGAGGCCUUCUGGAUCACCACCGGCGGCCCAGCGACGGCGGCCAUCCGCCAUGCCCAUCAAGCGGACGCGACCUUUACAUGGAGUGAUCUCACAGCCGAUACACUGGACGAGGAGGGUGAGCGCUUUGAGCAACUGGUGAAGGAGAGUCUUCUCCCAGCUGUGAUCAUGGUCGACGAACCCAAGAAGGCUAUGAAAAUGAUUGAGAGUCAGCAAGAUGCAGUUCUCCUUUGGCUCGUGCUGAACGGGACCUCGAGCGAGGCUUGCGACCAGAGUUGCAGUGCUGGCGGCGAAACUGGCCAGGCUCUCGAAACCCAUGUGGCGCCCUGGCGCGCCGUGUUGGACGAAGGAGUGCGCUUGUACCGAGCUGAAGCGAAGUCGAAGAGCAGCUGCCUAGUGCUGGCAGUGGAUUUGGCCCGUUUCCCCACCUUUGUGGAGCAGGAACUGUAUGCCUGGUCAGCCCCGACCUUGGUGGCCCAACGCUUCCGACAUGGGCCCAGGUACUUGUUUUCAGAGAAUGGAACACUCCCAGAGACGGGGAGAGACCUGGCGGACUGGCUGGGCAGCCUGAUGAGGAGGAGCCCCAAGCAGCUCUCGGAAAAACCGGUGUCCGAAACGUCCCAGAAGCUCUGGCAAAAGGUGGUGAACGUGAACCUCGAGGAGGCGCUUCGGGCGGAGCCAGUGACCCUGCUCUAUUCCUUCAAAUCUCCGGACAGCAUCUCAAGCGAUGAGGAGGUGAUCGAGUUCGAAGAUGAGAUGGAAGCUCUGGAUGCCUUGGCGGAGUGGCUCAACAAGAGCUGCGCCAGGCCUCCCAGGUUGGCAGCUUUGGAUGUGAGGAAGAACGAGGUGCCUUUGGGCCUCUACGCGGCGGCGAGCAUCGGCGGCUUGAGUGCACCGAGUCUCUACUUAAUCGAGUCGGACGUGGAGAAGAAAUCCGUUGGAAUCCGCUGGGCUGGUGAGAUCCACGAGUUCGAGGGCGACCAGAAGAAGGGCGCCUUGGAGAAGUCGACCACCCUGCUGAGAGCAAAGCUCAAUCAGAUCCUCCCCUGGGUUCUGGAGCACUCCCGGCGCUACAGGGCACUGUCAGUGCCUGAGACCUUCGAGCCAGAGCAGGGUGGAGCCUUUCGAUCUCAAGAGGCUCCGGUCCUUGAGCUGGGCAAUGAGAAAGAGCUUCAGCAACUCUUGGAGCGCAAUGUGACCGGAUACAUGGAGUUCUUUUCCCCCUCCUGCGGUGCUUGCAAGAAGUUCGCUCCCACCUACGAGUCGGCCGCCCGGAAGGCUCCCAAUUUCACCUUUGCUCGGGUGGAUUGCUCCACACCUGAUGGAGAAAGGUCGUGCAACAAGCAUGGGAUCGACAAGUACCCAAGCCUCUUCCUAAUGCAGGGUGGCCGCUUAGAGAAGUACCCAGGCGGUCCUAAGCGACAUCAGCUACUGGAAUAUCUCGAGACGCAGACCUCGCCUCCCUGGCGGGAUUUCCAGAGCCAAGAGGAAGCCAUCGCCUUCGCCAAGACGAAGCGAUUGCUGCUUUGGGCUGGAGAUCGCAACGCUAACUUUGAAGCAGUCUUGACAGCAGCAAACGAGAUGCGCCAGCAGGUGAGCCUGGGAAAAGUGGACGCUGACAAGGAGAGCCUGUCAUUGCUGGCCCCUUCGCGGAAGGAGGUGGCGUACCAGGGGCCAUACCAACCAGAGGACUUGCAGCUCUGGCUCGCCGAGCAGCUGGUUCGUAGCGCACCCAUUCCACCCGAGACCGAGACGCAAGCCUCGUCCUCGCCCGUGCGCACCGUGGUGGGAGCGAACUUCCGACAGAAGGUGUUCAAGCCGCUGGAGGAAGGGAAACAUGUUCUGUUGGAAGUCUAUGCACCUUGGUGUGGCCAUUGCAAGAAGCUUGCGCCCAUCUAUGAGCAGUUUGCACAGAAGAUGCAGGAUGAGGGCCGGCCGCUGGUGGUUGCCAAGUUGGAUGGAGAUGCCAAUGGUAUUCCGUUCGCUGGCUUCGACUACACCGGUUUCCCCACGCUUUUCUACCUCUCGCCCAGCAGCGAGCAGAUUACGAAGGUUUCUGAGCGAACCUUGGAGGGCCUGGUCUCCUUUGUGACCAAGAUGGGUGUGUCGAAACCCGGUGAGGCGUCGAAGCCGAGCCUCUCGCAGCUGCUGAGCCAGUUCCGCUCGGAGGAGCCGCCAGCCAAGCAGACCAGUCCUGUAAGGACGGUGGUACUCAGCAACUUCGUUGAUGUGGUCUUCCAUGAGCAGAAGCAUUGCCUUUUAAUGCUUUAUGACCAAAAGUGCCCCCACUGCAUGCGGAUGAUGCCUGAGCUCGAGGCCUUCGCGCAGGAGCUAAAGAGAAUCGUCGUCGUGGCAAAGAUGGACGGCACCAAGAAUGAUUUGCCCAUGACCGGCUUCGAAGUCAAGGGCUUUCCCACGCUGUUCUUCAUCGAAGCGGGCCACAAGGAGCCGUCCAUGACACAGAUUGGCAGCAACGCGUUGGUGGCCACGAAACGACUCUUGGAGGCAAAAGGACUCCUGAAAGAAAAGGUGGAGCUUUGA